AUCUAUCUCGACUAUCUCGUGUUUCCUGGCAAUUUCCUGGUUAUUUUUGUGUGUAAUGUAACUACGUAUCAAUUUCAAAACUAGAUUUUCGUGUUAAUGCCUCUAACUAACGUGAUCUAACUAGAAAAUUUAAGUGGAUCGAUGUAAGGUUACUGUCACGUAACAGUUUGUGUGGUGAAAUGGAGAAGCCUGAUAAGCCAGUGGCGAGCGGGGUGCAGCCGAUCGUGAAGAUCGGGCACUACACCCUGGGCGCCACGCUCGGGGUCGGCACUUUCGGGAAAGUGAAGAUCGGCGAACACCAACUCACGAAGCAUAAGGUGGCCGUGAAGAUCCUGAACCGACAGAAGAUCAAGUCGCUCGAUGUUGUUGGAAAAAUCCGUCGUGAGAUACAAAAUCUUAAGUUGUUCCGGCAUCCGCAUAUCAUUAAAUUGUACCAGGUGAUCUCGACCCCAACAGACAUCUUUAUGAUAAUGGAGUAUGUGUCUGGCGGAGAGUUGUUUGACUACAUAGUGAAACGCGGCAAGCUGCAGGAGCACGAGGCUCGCAGAUUCUUCCAACAGAUAAUCUCCGGUGUUGACUACUGCCACAGACACAUGAUCGUGCACCGGGACCUCAAGCCAGAGAACCUGCUGCUGGACCACAACAUGCACGUCAAAAUUGCGGACUUCGGUCUGUCUAAUAUGAUGAUGGAUGGAGAGUUUUUGAGGACCUCCUGUGGCUCACCAAACUAUGCUGCCCCUGAGGUGAUAUCUGGCAAGCUCUACGCCGGCCCUGAAGUGGACGUGUGGUCCUGCGGCGUCAUCCUCUACGCCCUCCUGUGCGGCACCCUGCCCUUCGACGACGAGCACGUCCCAACGCUCUUCCGGAAAAUCAAGUCCGGAAUCUUCCCCAUCCCGGAAUACCUGAACAAGAGUGUGGUCAGCCUGCUGUGCACCAUGCUGCAAGUGGACCCUAUGAAGAGGGCUAGCAUCGAGGACGUGAAGAAACACGAGUGGUUCCAGAAGGAGCUGCCAGAGUAUCUGUUCCCGUCGCCGGUUGAACAGGACAGCAGCGUAAUCGACACAGAAGCCAUAACCGAAGUGUGCGACAAGUUCGGCGUGAAAGAGCACGAAGUCCAUAACGCGCUCCUGAGCGGCGACCCUCACGACCAGCUCGCCAUCGCCUACCACCUCGUCAUAGACAACAAGAGGAUUGCUGACGAGGCUGCCAAAGCUGAGAUCAAGGACUUCUAUGUCGCCAUAUGCGUCUCCGCCGCCGCCGCCGCAGGCAACUCGCCGCCAGCCGCGGUGCCGGAGAGCGGGCGCCCGCACCCGGAGAGGAUCGCGCCGCUGCGGGACAAGACCUCGCCGGUGCAGCCGCUGCUCGACAAGGCCCGAGGCACGCCCGUCAAGAGAGCAAAAUGGCACUUGGGCAUCCGUUCUCAGAGUAAGCCCAACGACAUCAUGCUUGAGGUGUUCCGCGCCAUGAAGGCCCUCGACUACGAGUGGAAGGUCAUCAACCCCUACCACGUCAGGGUCCGCACACUAAACAAAAUGACAACAAAGCACGUCAAGAUGUCGCUCCAGCUCUACCAAGUGGACUACAAGUCCUACCUCCUCGACUUCAAAUCUCUCUCCGGCGAGAAGGAAGAUUCCGAGGAGGACUUGGCUUCCCCCAUGGCGCCACCACCGCCGGUGGCCCCGCCUUCUGCGAGUAUGCAGAAUCUGCAGCCCCAGGGACACCACACUAUGGAGUUCUUUGAGAUGUGUGCGGCACUUAUUAUACAGCUAGCUAGAUAAAGUUUCGGUUAUGACUUAUGACCUAUGGCGUUAUUCAUAAACGCGUUACUGGCCUGAAUUAGCUAUGAAUCGUUUGUCUUUAUCUAUCAUUAUGACUUGUGUAUUUGUAAGAAAGGGAUAGGUAUAACAUAAUUUUUAUCUAAAUCAGGGCCGUAAAGUUUUAUGAAAAAGGGGGCUAUUCUUUAUGUGGGACCUUUUUAAGGUACUAUGCAUCAUAUAAUGUUCCCUCUUAUCACCUGUCAUACAGCUACAGAUAGUAACUUAGUUGCAGUUAUGCCCAAUGUUCUUAAUAUAGAACAAAAAGAUUUUUUUUUGAUGUUGCAUUGCUUUUUGGAUCAUAGUAUGUAUUAUCUUAGCUAGCGAGAUAAUAGCCUAGUCAAGACCCAAUGUUCCAAAUUUGGAACAUAUCACGAAAUAAAUUAUGUAUUAUGGCAACAGCAAAUUUUUCUUUCGUAAUUAAUGUAAGUGAAAUUAUGAAAUUGUAGUCUAACCGAGGGUAGUCUGAAUACCCAGUCCUAUGCUGUAUAUUUGAAUAAUUCCAUAAAGUUGAUUCAGUAUUAUACUAAUUUUGUAUAAUGUUGUUGUUUUCUUAAAAUGUAAUUGUAUAAUAUUUAAUUAGGAUUGUAGGAUAAAAGGCCAAGCAACAAGAAGUAACGUAACUUCUACCAUAUGUGGCACAAAAAUCAUAAAAUCAAUAAUAAUAUUAAUUGAACACGAUUCGCUAUAAUUAUUAGGACAAAAAACGAGCAUUAUUGUGAUAUAAAUAAUUUUCGAUACAAAAGUUCUUUUGCCAAAGAAAUCUGACAGGAAUCAGAAUAAAAGUGCCUUUGUAUUUCGUAAGUCAAUAGUCAGUGUCCAUGUAACGUAAAUACACGCAGUCAUUAAUCGAAAAUACAAGACAUUGUAGGUUAACUACCCAAAAGCCCCAGUCAUUGACACCUAUUUUUGUAAAAAACUUAUGCUUUAAAAUCUUGGAAGAUAUAACCAACGGAGACGCCUUGUCUGUAAUUUGCUGUACAAAAGUCUGCCAAUUUUUGCGGGCGAGGUGAACGUCAAAUAUAUACGUAACGUCAAAAUAUCCAUGUCAGAUUAACGUCAGUCCAUACAUUGUGUAUGACCAUUGGCCGACUAUUUUCGACAGAGGGAAACGCCUGUUAAUGGCUACUCCGUUUGGUUAUAUCAUCUAAGUUUAAAUAGACUGAAGGUGCCAUCCAUUGGAUGUGUGCCGACAAUAGGGUAGUUAACCCCUAGGUAUGCCCUAGGUAUUUCGUUUACGUUCUAAUUAAACAGAUCUUAUUGUCGUUAUCUUUGACAGUCAGGCCAGGGUUACGGCUGACAUUGUCUGACGCAAAACAUGCGAUGGUAUUGAUAUACAGUCUUUUCAGGUUCUGUAGGAUCAGCCUAUAUAGCCACUUAUUGAUAUUAAUUUAAUUGUUUUCUACAAAGUAACUUAUUGUAUAGCUUAAAAUAUUUAUAGUGCAAUGUAAAAUUAUAUACUUCCAUUUGACUAGUUGUUUUCUGUGAGUCAUUAAAACCUCUUAGAAAUA